ACUCAACAUUGACGACGUUCACAAUUAUAAUAUGGAUACAGUUAACUCGACAGUGGCUAAGUAUAACGAGGAGCAGGUGUCAUUGUUCCCCCUCCAGUGGAGAAUGACUGGGAGUCAUUGAACAUGACACAAUUAAGUGUCACCUCUCAGCCCAGCGAGCCUCUCACAGUUCAAUUCGCUACUGCAGAGAACAAAGAUAAGGUGGUAGUAAGUGUCGUGAACACGCCACAUUGUUUCUACGUUCAGAAGACCAAGGAUAGAAAUGAUCUGGACGAGCUGCAGAAUGUUUUGGUGAAGUACUACGGACUCUCAGUAACCGCUGAAGACUACCUGAAUCGUGUGACUACAGGAGAUCUGGUGUGCUGUAAGUUCACUUUGGAUGGGUUCUGGUACCGGGCACGAGUUCAGGAGACUGAUAACGCCUCCGCUAAUGUGCUGUAUAUCGACUACGGUAACUCUGAACUAGUACCAGUCAGCAGUUUGCGAAGGUUAAAAACUCAGUUCACCCACUGUCCAGCUAUGGCAAUACAGUGUUCUCUGUUCGGUAUAACCCCCCGGACUGGGUCUACUUGGACUGACGAGGCUGUGGAGUCCUUCAGACAGUUGACUGGGGAGAAUGAGUUGGAGAUGGUUACUAUGGGCAAGUCUCAGGAGUGUGCUGAGGUAGAUUUAUUGCGGAUUGGUGGUGAUAUUGGGAGCACUCGGGAGUUCCUUGUGUUUUUAGAGCAUGCCUGUUUCUCAACUAAAGACAAAAUCAGCGCUGAUAUUGUAGUGGAAGAUGCGGUUGAGGAGGAGGUUAUUGUGGAGUUAGACACUGUUCAAGUAGAACCAACCCCACUAACCUGGCCUGACUCUGAAGAGGAAUACACCCUGGUGACUGUGAGCCACAUUAAUUCUCCCCACGAGUUCUACAUUCAGUUCAGCCACACCUCAGAAACUCUACAAGAUAUAGGACAGAGGACCUCAUCACACAUGAAGCUGGUCGGGAAGAAGUUCCCUCUAAAAGAGCUAAAGAAAGGGGUGAUGUGUGUGGCUCUGUUCCCGGGUGAUGGUGCUUACUAUAGAGCUGUUAUAAUGGGAGCUGUGGGCUUUGACGUGCAGGUGUUCUAUUGUGACUACGGUAACAGCGCUGAAGUAGCGCGCAGUGAGCUAUACGAGAUUCCCAGAACUCUAGCGGAACCACCUCAACAGAGCCUGACAUGUUCUCUGUUUGGGGUAGCUUCUAAAGAGGGAGAGUGGACAAGAACAGCAGUUGUUAUAUUCGAGCAACUGGUUGCUGCGCGGCUUAUUUUUGCAGGGCUCCAUUGUGUUGAGCAAGGGAGAUGUCAGGUUUCGUUGAUAGAUACUACUUUGAGCAACGAGGAUGUCGAGAUAGCAGAUGAGCUGAUCGGACGAGGAUUCGGUAUUUCUACUGUACCACCAGCCAAACCUCAACAGCAACACAGAUCAAGUGUACCGAUGGGUGAAAUCUCGCUGGGUCUCGUGAACUCUACACGUGAAACUACUAUUUGUCACGUGACAAACCCACAUAUGAUCUACGUUAAUCUUACUGACAUUCCAUACCCUCCGUUUUUCAAACAGCUGAACGCAGCGUACUCGACGUUUGUAAAAACAGGUAACCAGGUAAUUGAGCGGGAAACUUCCUGGAGUAUCGGGGAUAUUUGUGUUGCUUUUCUACCCGACCUGGAUCUUUACAUCAGAGCGAAGAUCUUAAGCUUCGAAAUACCGCAAUCAGUUGGGGUCAUAAACAUAGAUCAAGGACGUGAAAGUAAGGUUUCACUAAACAACCUCAAAGUCCUCAUCGCAGACUUCUCUCUGAUACGCGUAUCCAAGUUCGCUUUGUCCUGUCGAUUAUUUGACAUUGUGCCGCUGGACGACAACGGCUUCACACGUGAUCAAAACAAGAAAGUUGUGCGAUUUUUUAGUAAAAAAAUUAAGAAAACCAAAGCUGGCUGCUUCGUUACAGUCAUGGGAGAACGUGAUCCAGAGACCGGUGCCUGGCCUGUAGAUAUGGUGCUGAUAGAUCCCGCCGACAGAUCAAGGGAACGUGUUUCAGACGAGCUGGUAAAACUUGGUAUCGCUCAGUUCAUUACCAACAAAGUGGCCGCCCCAAAAGGAGAGUAUAAAAAGGUGACACUAUCAUUGUUGGAACGGCUUGGCAAAGUCAUUCAUGUCAGCAGUAACUGUACAAUCUACUUUAAACCAGAUUCAAUGAGGCCGGACCAAGAAAGAUUGGCUGCCUCCCUGGAAAGUUUCCAAGGUACGCCAGCUAACGUUGACUGGGAAGUCGGAUCUGGCUGUGUUGCAAAAUCAGACAAGUGGUACAAUCGUGGUGUGGUUACUCAUCUCAUUGGUCCCAAGAUUCUUGAGAUUCUUAUGGUGGACACAGGGAUAUCAAUGAAUGUCCACGUUAAAGAUGUGUUCCCAAUUCUCCUAUGCCCAGAUAUCCCUAAGUUGGCGAUUCCUCUGAAGCUGGCUCACAUCGAGCCUGCUUGGCAUUGCACUGACGGGGUAAAUUGGGGACAACCUGCCAAAGCAUUCCUUUACGAGCAAGUUGUGAACGAGAGAUGUGAGAUUGAUGUUGUGAAAAAUGAAGUAGAGUUUUACAGCGUGUCAAUGAAACUAACAUCCGGCCAGGAUGUGAGUAAGGCUAUGAUUCGCAAAGGGUUCGCUAUCAGCAUUUCUCCUCAUAGAUUGUCGCCUGCUUCUUCAAAAACCCCGUCAACAUUAGGACCAGGGAUCCUUCCCUCUUCUUCGCCAUUAAAUUCACCUUUACAAUUUGGUGCUCUACCCCAGUCACCAGGACUCGUAUCACCUUCUCUUGUAGUCUCUUCUGGGGCUAUGUCUGGGUCAUUGUCUCCUGCACGGAACAGUUCUCACAGCUCUUUGAUUAAUGAUGAGACCAGAGAGCUAAUCGACGGUAUAUGAAGAUAUGGACAGGAACCAAAACAUUUCAAGACAAUUCCAAUAAUUUGGAUUAAAUCUUAAUUGAAUAUCAAUCCUACACAAUCCGUCUAUCAAUAUUAUAUAUCAAUAUGUUUGGUUUGGGUUGAUGUAGAUUUUAUAUUUGUGAUUGAGAUCAAAAUU